UCUUUUGCUUUGAGAGACUCAACUUGUUUUCUUCAGUUAUCAUUAUGUCUUCAUCAGAUCAUCGUAAUUCAUUUUCAUCGAUUCUCAUUUAACACAUUCACCAUGAAAGAAGGUUCAACAAUUAAAGUUUCUCCAGUAAUUAACAACUUCUCAGUGUUUGGUAAAAGAAGCAGAGUUGUUGCCAAUACCAAUUGCAUUCUAUGUGAACCAGAAUCUCAACCAAACUAUCGCACGAUCAUUCCAUUGAACUUGGUUGUGGCCGUUCGUCCUUGCUCAUGUCGCUCAGUGAAAAAGGUCUACUGUGAAUGUAUCGAAUCAUCCGAAGUCCAAAAGACGACCCGUGUUCGUAUUUAUUAUGCUGUGCCGAGCGGUAAAUUUGCUUGGAAACUGAACCAUUUGAUUUUAGACCCAGUUGAACAAACGGAACAACAAAUCGAUGAAUGGAUCGGGUCAGUCAAUUGCUUUUUGAAAGAUUUUAAUAGACCGAAGCGUUUGAUGAUAUUCAUUAAUCCCUAUGGCGGUAAAAAGAAAGGUCCAAAAAUUUAUCGAGACAAAAUAGCUCCGUUAUUUGGUCUCGCUGGAUGUUCAACUAAUGUUGUCACCACUCAACGUGUUAAUCACGCGCGUGAUGUAAUUACCGAUCCAACAUUUCCAAUUAAUUCCUAUGAUGGUUUAAUCUGUGUCGGUGGAGAUGGUAUGUUCUCAGAGCUACUUAACGGCAUUUUAACUCGAACACAAACCGAUGCAGAAAUCGAUUUUAAUGACCCGAGGUCAACCUUAAACCCUCCAAAUGUGAUUAUCGGUGUAGUACCUGCGGGCUCAACGGAUGCCGUGUGUUUCGGUGUCUGUGGCAACAAUGACCCAGUGACCGCUGCAAUGCACAUAAUAUUGGGGAAUCAAGUAAACAUCGAUGUAAGUGCAAUACAUUCAGCUCAAGACGAAGGUAAAUUACUUCGCUAUGGAACAACCAUAUUGGGCUAUGGGUUUUUCGGCGAUGUUAUGGCCGACAGUGAGAAGAAUCGAUGGAUGGGGCCCAAGAGGUACGAUUGGGCUGGUUUUAAGAAGAUCUUAGGCCACAAAACAUAUCAGGGGGAGAUAAAACUCCAUGUAUCAACUCUCGACGGAUCACCAAAAGAUUCCGAUAUCUGCACCUCUGAUUGCGCUCUUUGUGCCAAAUCAGGUCUUCGAUCAAGAUAUGAUUCCAUUAUUGAUCCGCAUCGCGAAGUUAACGAUGGAUCUUGCAUCGCCAUAAGAGGUCGAUUUAUGGCCAUAAAUGCCGUCACCAUGUCAUGUCGAUGUGAGAAAGCUAAACGUGGCCUUAGUCCUGCUGCUCAUCUAGGAAAUGGAUGUGCCGAUCUCAUCAUCGUUUCAAAAUGUUCAAGACUUGAUUAUAUUCGGUACAUGAUGAGAACCGGUUACUUAGCCAAAAGUCCAUUUGAUCUUGACUUCGUGGACGUUUAUCGAGUUAAAGAAUUCGAAUUUAAUCCAAUCAUUAGGCCUGAGGGAUCUUCAAGCAAAUACCAAGUCUCCAAUGCAUCUGUAUGGAACUGCGAUGGAGAGAUAAUUAAUGAACCAGCAUUACAUGUAAAAGUUCACUGUCAACUUUUACCGAUCUUUGGAAAUGGUCGAGAAAAUCGUGAUCUCAACGGAAAAGGAGCGUUUACCUGGUCAGCGAAUAAAAUAUUUGACAUUCCAAAUGCACAAUCAAUUGGGCCACAACACGAUAAAUCGAACCGUGUGAACGGGAAAAUUAUUGAUCAAUCAACUGAUCUGACAAAUGACAAUGGAAACGACGAGAAUUACACUUUGCCAUCAACCACAGAAAAAUCAUCCAAUUAUCCAACUUCUUCUGAUUUGGUUUCUCAAGUUUAAUUCAAUUCAUUCAAGAUCCAUUCAACAAUCUACUCAGGAAACAAUUAUUCCCAACAAUUAAGACAAAAUGAUUCUACUUCUUCAAUUUCCACCAACAAUGAACAUCAAUUUGCUUCAUUUCAAAUAUCCAUCUGAAUCCGAAUCAUAUUAUUGUACAAUAUUACCAAACAAUUAUUUCAGAUCCACGUUUAUCUCUGUCAAACGAUUAGAUGAUUAGUUUACAACAAGAAUGAAAUUAAUUAAUUUUAGUUAAUCUCAAUUCGCUUUUACGAUCAAUUUUUCUAUUUAUUAUUAUGUUCAUCUCUUCUUCUUUUCUGUUAAUCCAAAUCCAAAUCGAAAUUGUUUUACUUUUCCUUUCCGCUUCCUAUUGUUCCCUCUUUUUACUCUAUUGGUGGCAUCCAUCAAAUUGAAUCACAAUUAUUUCAUUUUUGUUACUUCCACUGUUCCUUAAUCAAAUUAUGUUCCUCUUUAUACUUUUGUCAAUCAAUUGGUUAAUUGUAUCACUCGAAACUAUUGAUUAGCUUUUCGGUUUUUUACUCUUGAUUCAAUUGGGACCUGUUAUGGUUACUCAAUUAUUAUCAUUUUGAUUAUCAGCCUUAAUUACUUACACAAUUAACUUGAGCUGAUUGUUUUUGAUAUACUUUUGAUACUCUACUUUAAUCAUUUUGUUUCUUCGAUGUUUUCAUUUCCAUGAUCAAUUCAAAUGGAUUAGUAAUACUCAAGCUUUAAAUGUACAAUUAGCUUGAAGAUGUAAUGUUUUUAAUUGUAAUUAUGUAACUCGCUUAAUCCCAAAUGAGAUUUUAAAGAUCGAUGAGUUAACACGAUCUGUAAUUGUAGAGUUAAAGACUGACAAUCAAUUGAUUAUUAUUCUUAAAUUUCAUCAACAAUAUGGUUAUACAAAAUCUACGUCGUUGAUUAAAUUAGCAACAAUUUGUUAACUGCUAAAUGUAAUCAAUUCAAUAAGUGACAAUAUAAAAGUUAAUAUUUCUUAUUCCAAAAA